CUCGCCGAAGCCCUGGUUCGACAUGCCGGCUCCACCGCCGGCAACCUCGGGUUAUCGGCGGGAUCGAUACGGACUGGAUUGACUACAGCCAUCGAUUCUGAUCGAGAUAUACCCAAAUGCAAAGGAACUACUGCACAGUUGUGCAGUAACGGUCAUACACAAAGCUCAAAUAGCUCAACCGAUGAUGAAGAUGACUUCGACAAUGAAAGCAUUGGAAAUGAAUCACCAUGCAAUAAUUUGACAUCAAAUCUGUCGUCGGAACGAUGCCUCAGCAUCAACAAGCUGUUGGAGGAGCAGCAUCUUAAAUGGUGGCCACGGAAUGGCAAGGACACAACGACCAACGCAACACCACCACCACCACACUCCGCAACAGCAACGGGCGAUGGACGAACAAAGUUAUGGGAAGGACGAGAAGGCUAUAAUAUCGAAGCUUUUAAUCAAAUCAAUGGAAUUUGGCCUCUGGGACAUCCAUUGCCUCUGCCAGAUUGGGCUGCGGACGAAGAAGCUAACAAGGGUGUCCUUUAUUUUGACUCAGUUUGGCAAUAUGAAGAUCUAAGUGCCAUUAUCGAAACGAAGCUGCAGCGUAUGUUAGAGGAGACCCAUUAUGAUACCGUUCAUCUAUUCGUUGCAUUCUACGAAGCCUUCAAACGCACUCGACGUUCAGAUCUAAAAUCGUUCUAUCAAUUCUAUGACAUACCCAUCAAUCGUCGCGAUCAUAUGUGUGUUUCGCUGGCCAUGGAAAUUAUGGCCCGUAUUGUAGAACUCUUUCCGAUAUUGGAACAAUAUCUGUACAUCGUUUCGUGCGAGGAACAAGUUGUGGCAUUGCGUGAAUACAUCGAAACUGCCGAAGAUGUUGGUGGUCUCAAUUCGACGCAUGCCAAUGUGGAAAAGGAACAUGCAAUGGUUGCCAUGAAAAUAAAUAUUGCCGGGCGUGAUGGUGUUUUGAUUUUGGAUCCGGGAUAUCAUGUUGGUCGCUGUGUGACUGUAAUGAAAGACCAAAACUAUCCUCAUACAGGGUGGUUCACACAGUCCAAGGAAGCCCAUUUACAAAGGGACUAUUGCUACACCUAUAGCAAAUACAGUCCCAUGUAUGUUGAAUGGAAGGAAAGAGAAAUCCGAGGAGAUGAAAGUCAAUACAAAUCGUCAUUGGUAUAUGUUGCUCAGCCAUAUGUCACGGCCAUCGAUGUCACGGUACGUCGCAACUUGGUCUAUAAUUUUAGAUCCUUGUUGUCACGUGAUGCGAAAGGCAGAGUUUAUGCGGGCAUAUACUUACCAAUUGUCGCUAAUAGCAAUGAAGCUCAUUUCACAAUGUUCUAUGAAGGUCUCAACUCGGAGCAACGCGUCAAAGUCAAAUUUAUGUUUAAUGUUUUCAAGCAAAACAACAAGAUUCCAGAGAAUGUUCAGCAGCACAUAGAAAAACUAGCACCGCAAUUGAACAUGUCGAUAAAGGAACUAUCAAGGUUAUUAACAUCCUUGGCGGAAGCUGUAAUGGAUCAAGGGUUUAUUCAACAGGUAUUGGCCAUCAAUGAAGACAUUGGAAAUAUGUCAGCAGAGAAUUGACAAUCACUGGACGAAGGGAAACCAAAAGUUUCCCAGUCGAUUACCAAUUCGGAAAAAGACGUUGAAAAAACUGACAAAGAAACUCGAUCCAUGGAUAAUCAAAUAAACCAACCAAUGUAAAACCUAUUGUAGUUUAUAUGCUUUAAAUUUAAAUUAUGUUUAUUAUACUUUGACAAGCAUCUCUUCGGACGACGAUGCGACCAAAUAUUGUUAUGUAUGAGUAGUGAUUUUCUUUAACACUGUAAUCUGUACUACCACCAUGUAGGCCAAGGUCCAUUUUCUAAAAAAAAAAAAUCACAUAAAAUUAUCUUUUUUAAAAAAUAGUUUAUGUAUUCAACACCUGUUUUGCUUCUAAUUUACAUGCAUACAACUUAUAUAGAAAUUAUUGUUUCUUGAUUAUUUUAACUUAUUUCUCUUAUUUAAACUGAAGUCGUAAUAUAUAUUAAAUAAACAUUAAUAUAAAACUUACUACAAAAGUACAGUGGACAAGAAAAAAUUCUCCGUUUAAAAUUAUUAACGAGUUUUGUAAAAAUUAUGCAAUCUCUGUCUCUCUCUCUCUCUCUCUCUUCCAGCUAUUAUUACGUUCUUAUUCAAUUCAGUAGUAAAUAAAACUGAACUUUAAAAGAAGAAAUAUAAAACGUA